AUUUCGUUGAUGUUUGUUUACUAAAAAGCCGGAUCGCGUGCAAGUAAACUCGCGGAAUAAAAAUAAUAAAAUAAUUAAUUAAUUAAAAAAAGUAAUUAUGGAUAAUUUUCAUAAAAUAGAAAAAAUAGGAGAAGGUACUUAUGGAAUUGUCUACAAAGCGCGGGAUAAAAUAACUGGCAAGAUGGUGGCCUUGAAAAGAAUAAGACUGGCGACAGAAACUGAAGGCGUACCAUCAACAGCUAUCAGAGAAAUUUCUCUGCUAAAAGAUUUGACACACCCGAAUAUUGUCCAAUUAUUUGACGUAGUCAUCGGCGAUGUCAACAAGGAUCUGUACCUGGUGUUCGAGUACUUGCAGCAAGAUUUAAAAAAAUUCUUGGACUCUAUGAAGGUCACUAGCAUCAAUGCGAUGCACUGGAGUAUGUUAGUCAAGAGUUAUUUGCACCAAUUACUAAAGGCCAUAUCAUUCUGCCACAAGAACCUGAUCCUUCAUCGCGACUUGAAGCCCCAGAAUUUACUAAUCGACGACGAAGGCCACAUCAAGCUAGCAGACUUCGGUCUAGCUCGAUCAUUCGGCUUGCCAAUGCGAAUGUACACCCACGAAGUAGUAACUCUGUGGUACCGAGCUCCCGAAAUAUUACUUGGCACCAAACUGUACUCUUACGCCGUCGACAUCUGGAGUCUUGGUUGUAUCUUCGCUGAAAUGGCAACCAGACGAGCUUUGUUUCCCGGGGACUCGGAAAUAGAUCAGUUGUUUAAGAUUUUCCGGACUUUAGGGACUCCAGAUGAGACUAUUUGGCCCGGAGUAUCUCAGUUACCGGAUUAUAAGUCGAUGUUUCCUAAAUGGGACUCUAGAGACUUGGAUGAUGUCGUUCCUAACUUUGAUACCAAUGCCAGAGAUUUAUUUAUGAAAUUAUUGACCUACGACCCAAGCAAGAGAGUAACAGCAAUGAACGCGUUGAGCCACCCGUUUUUUGAUGAUGUUAAGCUGAUAAGUCCGUUGAUAGUGAAGAAAGAAAUAAAGUCUGAAUGACAUUUUUCGGGGA